AUGGUAGGACAGGGUAGGGUAGGGUAGGGUAGGGUAGGGUAGGGUAGGGUAGGGUAGAGUAGGGUAGGGUAGGGUAGGGUAGGGUAGGGGUAGGGUAGGGUAGGGUAGGGGUAGGGUAGGGUAGGGUAGGGUAGGGUAGGGUAGGGUAGGGUAGGGUAGGGUAGGGUAGGGUAGGGUAGGGUAGGGUAGGGUAGGGUAGGGUAGGGUAGGGUAGGGUAGGGUAGAGUAGAGUAGAGUAGGGUAGGGUAGGGUAGGGUAUUGUAGGGUAGGGUAGGGUGCGGGACCGAUUUUAAAACUUUAUUUUAUUGUUACCUUUUUUCAACGCGCCAUUGUUUUUGCAUCUAAACAUUUUUUUCAAUUUUUAAAUUUUAUAACAUUCUUUUUACAGGUCUCAUCUCAAAUCACAUUUUUCAAGAUUAUCUUCUCAUAUGUGGAACGGAAUCAGGAAUUUGCGGCCCAACAGAUAAGCGGCACCCUCUCCUCGCCCUUAUCAAAUCAUCGUUAUGCGCCCAAACGGAAUUAUUUGUUCAGCCGCAGGCUGCGCGAGGUAGGUGACAUGUUGUACGGCAGAUGAGGUUUUUUUUUGAUUUUUCUUCUUUUGUAAAGAAAGUCUUGCCAUAUUCUGUAUUGUAAAGAAAUUUAUUGCCAUUUUUAGUUCUGUAAAGAAAGUCCUUGCCAUUUCUUGUUUUGUAAAGAAAGUUGUUGCCUUUUGUUUUUGAUAUUGUUAUUUUGAGUUGUUAAACGGUCUUCAAUGGUUGAAAUUGAAUCCUUUGUAUGCGAAACACUUGAAAUACCACACUUAAAGUUCAUUUUUCGGUUUUUAACGUGGAUUCGCAGACUUUUAAAUGCCUCCGGGAAGUGGAUUAAAAAAUUUUUAAUUUUGAAAUUUUUGAACUUUUUUAAAAAUUCUGGAUUUUAUUUUUGUCAGGUCUUAAAUUUUGAAAUUUUAUGUUUUCUUACGUUUUUUAAGGUUUAAAAUGGUUUUUUAAAAUGAAUGCACCGUGCAAAGAAACUUUUGCCAGGGUCGGCCAUUUCAAAGCCAUUUUUAAUCAGUUUAGACUGAAAUUUUAUUUAUCUUUUUGGUUUCAGACUACGUAAAAAUAUCUGGAGAAUCUUUUGAUAUAAAUUUCCUUUAAAAAAUUAUCUUUUCCAUAUCAAAAACCAGCUUUAUUACUCAAAAUACACUCAAAACCCUUAACUUUCACCCUCUUCGUCUCGCCUUUUUCAUAAAACGGGUCGAAUUUUUUGAUUUAAAAAUUACAAAAAGAGCCUCGAGAGUCUCGAGUUUGAUUUCCAUUUUACGAAGCAAACGAAUUUUUUAUGCUUUUGAGCGAAAUGUUUAUAUUAUUUAUAUUAUGGAUGACUAAACAUCAUUUGACAUCAUUAUUCACGUUUCAUAGUUAGGCUAAUAGGGUUGCGAAUUUUGGGAAUGAAUCUUUAUACCAUGGAAAAUUUGAAGAUGCUUUAUAUUUUAUAAAAUGGGGGGGUUUAUUUGAUAAUGUCAAGUGUAAUAUAGGGUAUUAUAGUGAAACGUUCAAAGGGCAGUUUUUAAUUAUUUUUAUGGGUCUGUGAGGUCAUUUGAAGUGUUUUGGCAUAUUCUUUAGUUUUCAUGAAGUUUUUUUUAAAUUUUGUCAUAAUGAAUGUCAUUAUGACAUAAAAAAUUUAUUUAUUACUAGAAUCAUUUAAAAAUUAUUUUUGAGAUUUAAAACUACCUUUUGUUUCUAUAGAUUAAAUUUUGAUCAUUUCAAGUUAUUUUAAAAAUUUGUCAUAAUGACAAAUUUUAAAAAAUGUCAUUCUGACAGAUCAUAUACGAAAUUUUUUUUAAGUUUCAAUAAAAUGUUUUUGAAUCAAUUUUAAUUGCUGCAUCUUUCCAAAAAUACAAUCUUCGAUUAAUUACAAGACCUUUAAAACGAAGUCACACUGACACCUUUUUCUGGACGCGCGCCGAAAAAUUCGAAAAAAAUUCCGUAAAAUUUGGCUUUCUUCUCAUUUUUUGGGCGAAAUUAUUGGAAAUCCUAAUUAAAUCUGGGAGGAUUUUGCAGCUGGCAUUGUUCUAAAGACCCUAAGGCGGAUUUUAAACCAAUUUUAGGUUUGGCGUGAUAUAUUUUGGCAGUUCUUUUAGGAAAGUAUGGUUUUUAAAUAUUUUUUGGGGAAAUUGAGGUUUUAUGGUGAAAAAAGGAGGUAGUUUUGACAUGUUUGAAUAAAAAAAUGUUUUUCUAGAAUUUUUUGAAGCUUUGUAAAGAAAGUUCUUGUUAUUUUAGUUGCUGAGGAGAAAUUGUGUGUUGUUGUAUCUUCUGUAAAGGAAGUUCUUGCCAUUUUUAGAUUUGUAAAAAAAGUUCUUGCCAUUUUCUGCUUUGUAAAGAAAGUUCUUGCCAAUUCUUCGUUUGUAAACAAAGUUUUUGCCAUUUCACGUCUUGCCAAGGAAAUUAUUGCCAUUUUUAUUUGUAAACAAAGUUCUUGCCAUUCCGCGUCCUGUAAAGAAAGUUAUUGUCAUUCCAUGUCCUGUAAAGAAAGUCCUUGCCAUUUAUCUUCGUUAAAAGAAACCUAACUAUUUUUACACCAAUGUCAUCGAUAAUCAUACACUUUAUCGUUCGAUUAGAGCAAUUAAAGAGCGAUGGGAUUAAUUUGCUUGUGAAAAGAACUUUUUUCGAUUAUUUUCUUUUUGGCUUUUUCCGCUCGUUUAACUUAUUUUGUUUAUAAAGUAGGUAAAAAGUGUUGGGUGCGGGAGGGAAACAACGUUUUUUCGUUAGCAGCUUAUAUAGUUUGAAAGAGUAAAAGGUGGAACAGUGGGUUUAAUUGGCGAGUACUUUUUUUUAUAAAACAGAAAAUGGCAAGAACUUUUUUUACAAAUUAUAAAAUGGCAGGAACUUUUUGUACAAGGAAUAAAAUGACAAUAACUUUCUUUACAGAAUUUAAAAUGGCAAGAACUUUUUUACAAAACAUGAAAUGGCAAAAAUUUUCUGUACAGGACAAAAAAUGUCAAGAACUUUCUUUACAGGACCUAGGAUGGCAAUAACUGAUUGAAUAUUAAGUCUCCUUAAAACUAAAGGCAUUUAUGACGUUUUUAGUACGAUUACUCGUUACAAACGUUUAAAAGGUAGCUCGCUAACAUUAAUCUCGCUAAUCCCUUCUGGCUUUCAAAACAAAAAAGAUAUUUCCAAUUAGAUGAGAUUAAAUUUUUAUAGCCUUUUAACACUUAAAGAGCUCCUACAUUUUCAUAUUGAGGUAUUGUCUUGGUUCAUUGUUUUAGGGAUUCUUUCUUUUCAAAUUUAUUAGGAAUUGCAUGGAUAAUAUAAACUUUUAUGAAUAUGUAGGCUUCUUCGGACAGGGUUUCAAAAAUAGGGUUUGUUAUUGGAUUUUGAUACUAUUUCUAUUGUUUUUUGUUGUAAAGUUUGUGAAUUUACGAUUAAAUUUGAAAAAUUUUUUUAGUAGUUUUUAAUCUGACGUCAUGAGUGAUAUAAAAUUUUAUUUUUUGGUAAAAAUAUUGAAAAAGUAUUAUAAGAAUUUUAUUUUAAAGGCGUUUUUGUUGUAUUUAAUACAAAGUUAUACUAUCUUACAUAAGGUUUGUCUCUUUUGUGGAUAUUUUGACAUCUGAUGUUAUGGAUAAUAUAAAAUUUCAUUUUAUGUUAGGCUGGCAGUCAAAAAAUUAAAAUAUGAUUUUAAUGACUGAAGUGUAGUACUCUUUUUGUUGAUUUGGACACAAGAUUAUUUAUUUUAGGCCUAUUUUGAUUUUGCUGAGCGUUUGGUACCUAAUGCCAUGUAUAACAUUGAUUUUUGUGACUGUUUCGUAAAAUAUUUUGCCACAACUUUUAAUAUUGAAGCCUUAUAAGCGUGUCAACAAAUUCUAGAGCUUUUGUUUUUGUAUUUUGUGUUUACAUUGUUAAAAAGUUAUUUUCACUUCUAACUUAAUGGCAUGAACAAUAUAAAUCUCUUAUUUUUAAUAAUUCAUCCCAUUCCAGGACGACAUAUCAAUCUGCGACGCGUUGCUGGACACCCGGUCGACCGACUCGAGUCGCCGCAGCUAUCCGCAUCGCUCACAUCGCAGCAAACGCCCAGCCAAACGCUCCACGGCCUCCGAAUUCGAAGCCACCAAGAAGAAGCUGCGGAAUCAGUCCUUGGAACGACGCACGUUGAGCGACGAAAACCGACUCGCAGGUACGCCUUGAUUUGAUUUAUUCUUGUUGCUUUCGAUUUUUAGGAGCGUUUUUGGAAGAACACAGGAGGGUUUUCAAGGGUUUUGAUCAAAUGCAAGUGGUUUUAUAUUAUUGUAAAGGGGUGGUUGGGGAAAUGGCUUGAACUAGAUGAAUUUUAAUUUGAAAUUGGCUUAAAUUUAGUGUUAAGAGCUGUAAAAGAAAGUGUUUUAUUAUUUUUGGUAAUGUUUUUAAAGUAGUUUGAAGUUUUCAAUGAGUUGUGAGGAGUUUUAUGUUACAGUAGGUACUAGUAGGGCCGGUGGAAAGAAAUCGUUUGACAAAUGAAGUUUGUUCAAUUAAAAUUGAACUAAUAUGGUGAUUACUAAUAUGAACCUUCAUUUCUUUUGCUCUAUCGAAAUAUAGUUUACCGACAUUAGAAGGUAUGCUUAAAGUAUACGCUCUUUUAAGUUAUAGUAGGUACUUGGGGAAUUGUGGGCAUGAAGUGGCUUUUAAUAAUUGUAAUGGUGGUUAAACUGGCUGUAAUGCAUCUUUGAAGAGGUUAUAAGAUACUACUCUUACUAUGCUAAUUAUUUAUUGUAGUAGGUUCUAGGUUAGACAGUAGUAAAUCGUUUUUCAAGUUGUAGUAGGUUCUUGGUGGAUGUAUGAGAAAAAAUGAGUUAUAUUGAGUGGAUUUAAAAUAAAAGUGAUUGUAAAGUAUGUUUACUAUAUUUAAAAGACAUUUUUUUUACUUAUUUUGAGGGCUUGUUUGUAAUGACAUUAAGGUUUUAUGGAAGUAUGAGCUAUCUUAUGUUAUAGUAAGCUUUUUAAGCAGGCUUUUUGCAAAAAGGUUCAAAAUAUGUAAAAGAUUCUAGUGAUUUUAAUGAUAGUGGUUUUUAAAGCUCAAUCACAUGCUUUUUCUUGUUGUAUUAGGAAUUUUAAAUUCUGUUUUAUUGUCAUAUAUUUACAUUUCAAUGUAAUAGCCACAAAUUCUCUGAAACAAUUGAAAUAUUAUUAAGUUUGGUGACUUUAGCUUAUUUUAUAUUGUUUGUGGCUCGCAAUAUUCAAAUCUAAAAACAUUUUCGGAUAACCUUGAUUUUUAAAGGUCAGAAAUUUGAAAAGCAUGUGGUUUUUGUGGUUUAAAAAUAAGGAAAUGAAUAUUCUUCAUGGAUAACAUGUGUUCACCGCUUUUAUUUAUGUUUUCACGUUUACAUAACUAGUUAUAAUUCAUGUAUGGCAAGGAAAACAGAUUAGAAAGAAGCAGCAAAAGUCAUUAGAAAACAUGUCGGAAAGUGUUUUACGGAAGCGAAAUUAAGCGGAAAAAACAAGGCAAAGGGCAUGUGUAAUGUAAGAAACGGCAGCCCGGGGAAGUGAAAUGACUUUUAAAUUGUAAAAUUGACAAAAGCAAAUGGGGUUGUAGUUGGGGGUUGAAAAGAAGUUAAGUAUUUGGCUCAAUACCAUCUAAAAAUCUAGUAUAUUAAUUAUAAAAGUGAAAAAAACUGCCAAAAAACAGCUAAACUAAAUAAAAAUGCUUAUUAAACAAGCUAAAACAAGUGAAAAUGACAAUAAAGAUGAAUACAAUGAUAAAGAAAGUCUAAAAAACGACUGAAAUCAAUGGAAAAAUACUAAAAAACAGCUAAAAUAAUCAAAGAAAAAACUAAAAACAACUAAAAUAAGCUACAUUACUUGCAAAAACUGCUAAAACAACCCACAAUAACAACACAAAUACCUAAAACCAACACAAUGUUGUCCUCGUUGGUCCGUUCUUGACCUCGAGAACAAUAAACUGGAAGCGAAUCAGGACCGGCGCAGUCAUUAACUUGUUCCUCCGGGCUGUAAAUAAAUUCAAACCAAUGUUUUUAAUUGAAGUCAAAAAGAGCUUCUUCGAGGGGUGAGAACGGCCUUUUGAAACGGAAUUUGUGAAGUGCUGGGGGAGGAAUUUUAUAUUACUUUAUAUUAUACUAGGUGGAGUAGUUAUAGGUUUAUAUUAUAGUAGGUGGAAUAGGUUUAAGUUUAUUUUGUAGUAGGUGAAGAGUGAGAUAUGUUGUGUUUGUAGUAGUUGGGGUAGAGGCUAUAUUACGUUAUAGUGAAUGAGAUAGGCAUUUUUGUUCAAUUUGGGCCUUAAAAACUGUUGUUUUAGUCAAAAAUUUUGCCUUUGAUUUGAAAAAAACAGCCAUUUUUGGUCAACUGUCAACUGUAUAUCUAAAACACACGUUGUAUGAAGUACAUGAACGUAUAAUUACGAUGCACGGCUGACAUAAAAGUUAGCAGCGUAUAGUUUUCCUUUUGUCGCCCGUGGAAACAGAACGAAUUCGAAAAGCGAAAGUGAAAAAACGAAACGGAAAUGAGAUUUUGGGGAGCUGUAAAAUCAUUCGAAAUGGUUUGAAACCUUUGUAAAAUCUUUUGCUUUUGCACUUUUAUACUGAAAAUGUGGUUAGCUGCUGUUUGUGAGUUACUAGGGUUGAUAAAAAUUGUUUAGUAUAAGUUGGGGAAGGGGUCAUCUUGAUGAAUAUUUUUUAACUACAUUGGAAAUUCACUAUAACGUAUCGCUCGAGGAUUUAAAAAUUUUUUUUAUAAAGGAGUUUCAGUAUAGAGGAGUUUUAAAUGCUCUAUGUAGUGCUAGACGGGGAUUUGGAAGUUGGUCGUUAUAUGGAGUUUUCGUUGUAGAUGAGUUCUUCACUGUUUUUUUAUGGCUACUACAGUGGAAUUUUUGUAUAUCUAACUUUUCUAUAACGAAAAUCUAGUGUAACGAACAACUUUUAAACUCCCGUCUACCACUGCACAGUGCAUUUAAAAUUCCUCUAUAACAAAAAACCUUUAACGAACAAAUUUUAAAUCUCCGAGUGGUUCGUUAUACAGGAGUUCGCUGUACGCUUUUUUAUGGCUAGACAAAGGUUUAUUUAGGAAUUUAAAAUGCUUGAUUUUUUGCUGUAAAAUUAAGUUUAAACUGAGGUACCAACUACAACAUUAUCAAAAAUUUGAAACCUUCUAAAACCAAGUGCAACACUAUUCUAUCCGCAGCUUGUAAAAACGUAAAUCACUCGAAAAGCCGCUGAGAGGGGUUUUUAUAAUAAUUUUGUUUCCUCAUAUCGUUUUUACAGGUGAUUCAAACGCGACGAGCCGACGAAAAACUACAAUCGGCUCGAAUCUUCCGCUGAAUCCGAACCGGUUUCGAGCCAAAACCUCACUUCAAACUGGCGUCAUUAUGAAAACUGUAAGUUUAGUUCAGUUUUGGUAAGGUUUUUGAGUUUAGGGCAUGGCAUUUUGAUUUUUAAAGAUGGUAGAAAAGACUUGUCAUCAUUUUGUAUUAGCUUAUAUGGAAAAAAACGACAAGACUUUUUUUGGUGUUUUAUCGUAUGGAAUUGUUGGUAGGGAUGUUUUUUAAUGUUCUAAGAAGAAGAAAAGAUGUAGAAAUACAUUUUUAUGGUUUUAGUUUAAUAUCUUUAAAGAGAAAAAUUUUUAAAAACUUUUUGUGAAUUGGUCCGGCUUUUAUUUUUAACAACUUUCUGACUAGAAAAUGUAAUAUAUUUCUUAAAAAUGAUGUUAAAACACGUUUUAAAAAAUAUUUAUCUCAUUUCAGUUGGACUCGGACAAGCUCCGCUCUCCAUCGAUAGCCCAACCCACUACCAGCACCUACUCUCCUGCGGUAAUCGCCCCAAUCUCCCAAGACCAUCACCACUACAGCCGUGCCGCCUUACCCACAGUCCGCCGGACAUUGUCGGGCCAGGUGUCAGUGGAGAAUGGCAACGGCUUCUACGCUCCAUCAGUUCAACCAGAAAUGGUGGGAAAACAAAAGUUCAAAGCGCAUCAAGGCAAAAACAAGUUUUGCCUGAACGGGCGGAUACUCAUGUCCGAGCAGAAUGGCGCUUUCUACGUUACUAUUGGCAUGAUCUUCACUACUAUUACCGCAUUUUUUAUUUUUGAGUAGGUUUUUGGGGUUUAAGGUGGAUUUUGUUGGUUUUAUGAAAUUUUAGCAUUAUUUUCUUGAUUUUAUUUGUAAUUUAUCAAAAAUAUAAUACAUACCUUUAGUAAAGCGUAAAAAGUAGUACAUAACGUAUAAGUUUUGACGUUUUACUUAAUGUGGCAAACUAAUUACAAGCCUUUGAAAGUAUGAAGAACGGCUAUUUUCCGGCCGGAAUCGAACCUUUUUGGAUUUUUGAGUUUUUCAAUUGCCCGUAACUUUUUAUUAAAGGAAGAUAUGAACAUGAAAAUUACAGUGUACAUACUUGCUUUUAUGCUUCAUAAAAUGAACAUAUCGAUUUUCAGCUUUGAGGUUGGUAGGGUUUAAAAAAUAUUGCCUAAAGUUCACAAAGACACCCGUUUUCUGGCCGGAAUCGAACAUUUUUAAUUUUUGACUUUUUUAAUUGGCCAUAACUAUUUAGUACAGCGAUAUAUGAGCAUGAAACGUAUAGGAUAUAUACUUUUUGUUAUGCUUUAUAAAAUGAACAUAUUGAUUUUUAGGUAAAAUGUUGAUAAGUUUUAAAAAAUACUUCCUAAACUUAACUAAUUAAUGUAAAAAGUCGGAAUUUUGAAAAAUUUUAAUUUUUUCAUGCUAAAAUCAAAAUACAUAUUUGUAAUACGUAUAUAUAUAUAAAUAUAGCAAUUGUGAUUUCAGUGCUGUCUUCAUCGCCGAACGGGUCUCAAUCGCAUUACCGGUAUGUGCCGCAAUUUUGUUCUUUUUGGUAAUGGCAAACCUCUUGAAAACCUCAUUCACCGAUCCUGGUAUCAUUCCACGCGCCACGAACAAAGAAGUUAUUGAGCAAGAACGUCUCUUCAAAAUUGGUAAGAAGCCUAAUAUUGUUAGUUUAGGGUCAAAAAGUUUUGAUAAUUUUUAUAUUUGUAGUUUCCAAAAUGUUUUUUUUGUUUUGUAAAGAAAGUUUUUGCCAUUUGACAUUUUGUAAGGAAAGUUCUUUUUUUUUAAAUCUUUUAAAAAAAUUUUUGACACAAGAAUUCUUUUUAUUACUUAAAUUUUAAUACUGAUAUUGUUACAGAGACGGGUAAUCCCAGUGCAACAACGCCUCGAACUCGAAUGAUCGAAAUCUUCAACGAAUGUGUAGUACAGAAGUACUGCUUCACUUGUCGAAUAUUUCGACCGCCACGAGCAUCGCAUUGCUCUGUUUGCGACAAUUGUGUGUUAAGGUUUGAUCAUCACUGUGAGUUUAUGUUAUACUUGUUUUUGGUUAUUUUCAUGUUGAAUUUUGUGUUUAAAGUUUAAAAGAAAUCGUCUAAAAAAGUUGUAGUCAAUUUCAUUUUUCUACAGACUUUUUGACCUUUAUUAUAUUAACUUUUUCAGGCCCAUGGGUUGGAAACUGUGUUGGACUGAGGAAUUAUCGAAAUUUCUACUUGUUUGUUGUGCUAUUGACUAUUCUAGACUUUCUAGUUGGAGCGUGCUCAAUUGCUCAUCUUAUCAUGUGUAAGUCGUUUUUUUAUUUUGGAAAGAAAGUUUUUGCAUUUUAAAUUUUUUUUUAAUUUUAAAAAAUCCAAUUUCAGUAUCAAUGGAGCAGCGAAACUUUGUAGAAGCGAUAAACAAGACCCCGGGCUCAGUAUUUGUCAGUCUAGUCUCAAUCAUAUCAGUCUGGUCGGUGGUCGGCCUCUCCUGCUUCCAUACCUACUUGCUAGCCUCGAAUCAGACCACGAAUGAAGAAGUCAAGGACACGUUCAGCGAUCUUCUAGGCUCAUAUUGUGGAUCUCUCUAUUCGACCGGUAAUUUAUUCACAAAUUGUCUGGGAACCCUAUGUGCGCCCGAGCCUCCAAGCCUCAUCGAUCGCCGAGGCAAAAUCGAAGCGGUGACAGUGGUUCAAGUCCAGCCAGAAUCUCUCGAAUCCCACAAACAAAUCCAAAGCCUUCUGAAUCAGAAUCCGCAUCGGUUGGGCACGUCGAACUCGGCGCCGAAGAUGACCGUGAUCCCUCGAAGACAUUCCUCAACAUCGGUCAUAUCCUCAACCUCAUCCUCUCAUCAUUCCGAGUACUCUCUGAACUCGUACUCUUCAGAUCAAGUACAUAAAGCCAAAGAUGCUCCAGCUGAACUACAUCAAAUGUCACUGGAAUCAGAGGAUGAGAACGUGAAUUAUAGAGAUAAUUUAGCUAUUGAAAAGGAUGAUGAUCAGCUGGAGAAUGGGAACCAUGUGGAAGUGAAUGUGGUGGGUGGAAAAGGCGAUGGUGGCAGGAAUGGGUAAGUGAAUAGGAAAGAAAUUUUAAGAUUAACGUAUUUUUCAAAAACUAAGACUACAUAUUAUAUUUUAAAGUGAAAAAAUUUUUGUUUUUGUGGGUUUUAAAAUACAGUGACACCUUUUUUAGUAUGAACCUCAAUAGUGUGGCACUCUUUUUAUAAUGACAGAUUUUUAACCUCUUUUUGUAACUGAACUUUUUAUUAUUAAAAAAUUGGCCUUUUCAAAUUUUUUAAUAUUGUUAUCUUUUUUAUCAUGGAAGAUAUGUCUAUGAAACUAUAAGGGUUUACACAGCUUUUUCUGCUUUAUAUGAGUGAUAUAUAAAAACAUUUUUGAAAACUGAAGUUUAUAUUUAAAAAAUUUAAAAACUACACAAUGUUUCUUACAAAAAUGUAAUUUUAUGAUUUUUAAAGAACAACGAGUUUCUGAGAAUAUACACUGUCUUCUUUGUCUUGCAUGACUUACAAAAGUACAACACGAUUUUUGUUUUUUUUUGAAUAAAAAUUACGUAAUCCUCAAAAGUAAUCAGAUUUCAUUGUUUUUGCUAUAAAUUUUUUUAAAAAUAAGCAAGCUCAAAGAACUUUUUAUUAUAUCUAUUGAUACAAUAGACAAACAAAAGUUAGUUUUUUAAAAUAAUAAUAAUAUAUGACGAAGUUACUGUAGUUCUAGUUCUCGUAAUUUUUCUGUUUUCGAGGCUUUAACUACGAAAAUUCAAAAAAAGUUAAAUUUUGCAUGAAAAGUAAUCGUUUUUUGGGUUUUUAAAACAUUUUUUUUUCGAAUUAAACUAAACUUUAGGUGUAAGAUACGGUUUUUUUAAUUUGUAAAUUAUUAACUAAAUAUUAAUAGUUUAUUUUUCAGCUCGCUCCAGACAUAA